UUUUUUCCUCCUUGUAGUGCAGGAUUCCAUCACGACAAGGAUGCACUCUGGACCGUGAAAAAUGCAUUCGAUGUGGCAGUUGAGUAUAGGAGUGACCUUGUUUUUGAUGGUGGUGACCUCGGAGGCCCGGCGUGACUCCGUGACCUUCCGUGACAACGGUUAUGAAGGCGUUACGGUUGCCAUCAGUGAUCGUACCCCUCCCGAGCAGUGCCCCUUCCUCAUCAGGAGUCUCUGGAAAUUGUUUUCUGAGGCCUCGUCCACGUUGUUUAGAGUCACCCGGAAUUUGGCCUACUUCCGCUCCGUUCGCAUAAAACUUCCGGCUUGGUGGGACCAUAACCAGUGCAGCAUUUCUGCAUCUCAGUUGAAGAAGUCGUGGGGGACUGAGGAUCCGGACGUGAUCGUAGGACCCCAAUCCCCAUUACACGGGGACAAUCCUUACACGCCACAACCGGGAGGAUGCGGUAAAAAGGGCCUUUAUAUACACCUCACGCCGGAUUUUCUCAAGGACCUCAACGCCACCGCCAAGAAAUACGGGGAUCCCGGUCGAGUACUGGUCCGAGAAUGGAGCAAGUAUCGGUAUGGGGUGUACGAUGAAUUGGGGUACCCAGGUGACCCCAUGUACCCCUCCUUUUAUACCUCUUAUGAUCAUGAGGGAAAGCCUCUGAGCAAACCGACCGGUUGCACCAACAAACCUAUUCAAGGGGAAAGAGUAUGCGAUGAAAAGGGCCGUUGCGUGUUCAGACCCUCGACGGAGCCCGAGAAUAAUCUAGUCACUUCGUCGAUGAUGUACCUUCAACAUCUUCCUUACAUUGAGGAUUUCUGCGACGAGGACUCCCAUCAGAAGUUGGUGCCAACGAAGCACAACCUACUGUGUGGGGGUCAGAGCAUCUGGGAGGUCAUGAGGAAGCAUCCGGACUUCCAAAAGUCUACGCCGUCGCGGAGCGUGCCUUUCUCCAAUCCCGUCUUCGAAUACGUUCAAGCCGUGAGUCGCCGGAUCGUCCUCGUCCUCGAUCACACACAAUCCAUGGGACAAGACAACCGAUGGAGCAGCGUGCGGCGGGCGACCUACCGGAUGAUGGAGCUGUUGAAGAAAGAGGAGGAACUGGAGGGUACGGUGAGGGGUCACCAGGGGCGCGGGGAUCAUCCAACUCGGGUGGGGAUCGUCCACACGGCAGCCACCAUCACAGAAACACGUCCCCUCACACCUGUCACCCAACUCCCCAUCGCCAGCGCCUCCCUCAUCGCCCGCUAUCAGAGCGGCGAAGAACAGCGUUGCAUCGCCUGCGGCAUUCGAGAGGCCCUCAAGCUGCUGAGUCGAGAGGGGGAGCCAGCGUCGGGGGCGGAGAUCAUCGUGGUAUCCCAGGAGCUGAACCUGGGGGAUCAGCUGGAAAAGAUCAAAGAAGAAGUGAUAAGGAGUGAGGUGACGUUGCACGCCAUCGUCUUCCCGGAAUCUUCGUUCCGGGAGAUCCAGGAAUUGUCCAGGAUCACCGGGGGAAAGGUUUUCUCCUUGUCACGCACCGAGCCUGCAACCUCCAUGGUCGAGAUCCUUAACGCCUACGAGAACAUCAUCCCACUCAACAAUAUCAUCACGAUCUCAGAGGAGGAGGUGAAGCCGGUACCAGGGGGAAGAGAGAAGAUCUCAGGGAGAUUCCAGGUAGAUCCGAGCCUCUCUCCUCCUCUCUCUGUCAUGGUGUACUACAAGGACCCUCGGCUGGGUCCUUCCUCGUUGAAAUUGACUUCCCCCUCCGGCGUGACCUUUGAGGAUUUCACCACUACCAUCUAUUAUGCUGCCGACAUGAUCCUCGUGGAACAGAACCCUCUCCAGUCGGGAAGAUGGGAGUGGGAGGUGGAGCUGGUGGCAAGCGACGUGGCGGUGGUGCAGGUGCGGGCCCAGGUGCCCCACCGAUCGGGUGCCGACCCCUUCACCCUCCGGGUGUGGACAUCCUGGGAUGAUCUCCGCUCGCCCUCAAUCCCGGAUCCCAAGUCGGAGCCACUGAUCGUCUACGCUCAGGUGGAGAAAGGUCCCAGCCCUGUCAUCGGAGCCAAUGUUCUCGCUGUUGUCCUUCGUGGAUCCUCCUUCGGCAACGAUAGCGUCUCCCUUAAACUCCUCGACAAUGGAUUAGGAGACCCGGACGUGCAACAAGGAGACGGGAUCUACAGCAACUAUUUUUCGUCGUUUCUGCCGACGGAGGCGAAGUACGAGAUUUACGUUCGGGUCGACGACAACGAAGGGGCCGCGAAGAUGGUCCGAGCCACCGGACGAACCCACCGGGCCAUCCCAACCGAUCCUGACAUCUGUUCGGAUGCAUGCUGCGGGAGUACGGUGGGGGAUCCGGAUGCGUCUCCGACGCCGUCCUUCCAGAGAUACCGGGCCGGUCUGUCCCUGGUUGUGGAAAAUCCUCCCCUGCAGGACGUCUAUCCCCCGAACAAGAUCACGGAUCUCUCUGCCGAAGUCUGGCUCGAGUACAAUCGCAUCACCCUCAAGUGGUCGGCUCCUGGCGGCGAUUACACCAAAGGCAAAGCGUCUCACUACGAGAUAAUGUACAGCGACGAACUGUGGGUGGUGUUGGAGGGCCGCGGGAAGGUGCUUACGGGAACCGAAGUCCCUCAUCCGGAACCCUAUGGAUCGAAGCAGGAAGUGGACGUGUACGUGGGAUACGAGGAUGGCAUCUUCCGAUACGGACACGUCUACUUCUUUGCCGUCAGAGCCUUCCACGGAAAGUGGAGCGCGAUGUCCAACAUAGUCCAGGCGGCUCUACCCCAUCCCCACGUGGAGACCGAAGGGGGCAGAGAUGGAGAAGAGGACUCCCUGGGGAACGUCCUCAUGCAUACCGGAUUAUCCCCCGAGGAAUGGAUAGGCAUCAUCGUCGCCUGCGUCCUCUUCGUUCUCCUCAUGCUCUCCCUCGCCCUCUUCUGCUGCCUCCGACGCCGAUCCCCCAGCAAAAAACCGCUCUUCCAAGGUGAAGAAGAUAAGGAGAAGGAGAAGCCGACGUCGGUGAGCACCAUCUCGGGUCCGGAAUUCAUCCCAGCCAGUCAGUUAUUGGAGGAACACGAACGGAGGAAAAGCAUGGUGAAAGGAAGUUCAUCUUCGGAACACCUACAUCAAAACGGAGUACUCGGGGUCGGGGUCCCCGUCGUGAACUGUUACGAGAAGAUGGCUGCUGGUUACCCUGGUGGUUACCAGGAACGGUUCUUCCUCCACGAGGAGUCCACUCUCUGUGAUUCGCGGACCUCCCUUCACAGUGACUCUCGGAAGGUCCGUAACGUGACUCAGGUGUGA